AAGCUAUAAACUAGUAGUAGUAAGAAACAAAAACUGUGUGUUUCCGACCUUCAAAAGCAGUUCGAGAGAGAGAGAGAGAGAUAGAGAGAGAGAGAGAGCUUAGUUGGGAUUCUCAGAGAGAGAAGAAGAGGAGAGAAAGAUGGAAGGGGUGGGUAGAAGAAGACCAUGGAAGGAUUUGAAACAACGGCUGGCAUUUAAGGGGAUUGGGCUAUGUGGGUCAUUAUGGAGUCUCAGUGUUUCCAAUAUGAACCCAAGCGAAGAUGGUCUUGACCCAGAACAACAAGAACAAGAACCGAUCAUGGGUGGUGGUGGUGGUGGUGGUGUGGGUCAGAUUCCGGCGGUGCUCAGCUCGGCUCCGCCUUCUGUGGGUCAGAUACCGGCGUAUCCUGGGAUAAACCUGGCGACGGCGUUGGCGGAGGAGCGCAAUCAGCGGUCUGUGGGUCCCACAGUGACGCCGUUGAGGUCGCUGAUGAGAUUGUUCGAUGAAACGGACGGUGUGGAUGGGGAGGAGGGGAACAAAGAAGGUGGGAUUGAUGCGCUGUGCUGCGUGUGCAUUGAGAGGAAUAAAGGUGCGGCUUUUAUCCCCUGCGGGCACACCUUCUGUAGGGUUUGUUCGAGAGAGCUGUUGUUGAACCGUGGGUCCUGUCCUCUCUGUAACCGUUCCAUUAACGAGAUUCUUGAUAUCUUUUAACAUUUUGUCUCUCUUCAUAUCAAGAUUUGGACAAGGAAGAAGAUUUUUGCACUCGUUUUUUAUUUUUUAUUUUUUUUUAUGCACUUACUUUUUUGUCUUUUCCAAAAAAAAAAAAAAAAAAAAAAAUUGUUUCUAAUACUUGAUAUUUAUAGUUGGGGGAUAAUAAUAAUUUCAUUUUUUUUAAAGUAGAAUUAUAAAAAGGUGUGUACAUAUGCUAGUAUUUUAUAUGUACAAACAAACAUCAGCUCCAUCUGAAAAGGCUCCGUAGAAUGUCAAAAUAAAUAAAUAGAAACUUUAUUUAGUAUUUCUAUUCUAAAGGUCCACGAAGGUUAUGGACUGUACAUUCACUCAUUUAUACCUUUCACUUUUCAUUUAGAUUCAAUGUGAGACAAGUACUUUUUGUAAUAUUCUUUUUUAUCCGAAUUCGUAACAUUUCCGUUGCAGUUGAGCCACCCUACCUAUUCGGCGUUGCAGUUGAGCCACCCUACCUAUCCGGAUGGCACAUCCGAAUGUCUUUCUGCCUUUCGGCCGGCGCUUGACAUGACAUCAGAAAUUAACUCUGAUACCAAUUGCAAUUGGAUAGUGCUGCAAUAUGGGAUAACCACCCUUGUAAC